AUGAUGAUGAUGGAGAACUACACAGCAGUCCAUGAAUUCUUACUAUUGGGAUUCCCGGAAAUUAAGGGUUCCAAUGCCAUCAUUUUAUUUCUACUAGUACUGACAGUUUACAUUAUGACUCUCAUGAUAAAUUCUAUGAUCAUCGUAUUGGUGGUAACCAGGCAGCCACUCCAUUCUCCCAUGUACUUCUUUCUCCAGCAAUUGUCAUGCAGUGAAAUUGUGUUCCUGACUGUUACCGUUCCUAACAUGCUUCGUGUCAUACGGUUGGAAGGAGCCACCAUCCCUAUCACGGGAUGUAUAGCACAGACUUAUAUUUAUUGUGCUGUAGGGAGUGCAGAAUGUCACCUCCUUGCAGUCAUGUCUUAUGACCGAUACUUGGCCAUUUGCCACCCUUUGCGUUAUACCACCAUCAUGAACAUCAAACUUCAACAUUCCUUGGUUUUCUAUUGCUGGAUGUUUGGUUUACUCAUCACCCAGAUUAAUCUAGGUUUUCUGUGUCAGCUUCAGUUCUGUGGACCUAAUGUCAUUGACCAUUUUUUCUGUGACCUUGUUCCUUUUGUUGAGCUGUCAUGUUCUUCGACUUAUGCACUACAAAUAGAGAUUAUGAUUAAUGCUGUUCCUAUAAUAGUUAUCCCAUUUAUCUUAAUUUUUGUUAGUUACAUCUGUGUCUUUACAACUAUUCUCGGCAUCUCCUCUACAACUGGUAGGAAGAAAACCUUCUCCACUUGUAGCUCCCACCUCUCCGUUGUGACCAUGUACUAUGGAACCUUGAUCACUAUUUAUGUGGUUCCAGCUAAUGGACGCUCCUUGACUGUGAACAAGUUUAUCUCCCUUUUGUACAUUGUAAUAACGCCCCUGUUUAAUAUAGGAAUAAAGAAAUCAGAGACAUCAUAG